CUCGACUUCACUUCAUUGCGCUUGGUCCUUGACACUUGACAAUCCACCAUGCGCGUAUUCACCAUCAUGCUCGUGGCCGCUUGCGCCGCCGCCGCCGCUCCCGUCUCCAUCCCCACUCCCAGCGCGUGCUCGCCAGUCCGCGCUCUCCUCGACUCCGCCGCCGCCCUCGUCGGCGUUACCCUCGACCUCUGCGCCUCCACCCCACCCGUCGAGGAGCGAGAGGCCGAGGAGGAGCCCAAGUCCGCCCAGGAGGAGGAGCUGCACGCUUACCAGCUUGAAGGAUACUACCCGAACGGCGUGGAUCUUGACGAGACCAACCUUGGCGACUACGACCCAUUGCCUGACUUCCAUGACGACGAGUACGCCCCAUUGCCUGACUUCCAUGACGAAGAGCACGCCCAAUUCAUCUAGAGAGCCAGCUGAGGUAGAUUAGAAGGAGGACUCGCGAUCCGGCGUGGUCGCGACUGUAUAGACUAUGGCAUUGUAUUCCCGCGCC